CGGUGUUUCCCAAACGUGCACCCACGCCGCUGCUGGUAUCCCACCCCGCCCAGGUUAUGGAAAUGGACAGUUUUGGGAAUGAUCUGCCUUGAGCCCCCCGUCCCCCUCCCGUCCAUGAAUUGAUAGAGAUAAAUCAUAAUAAGAAUGGAGGGCGUUAACUGUGAUCCGCACAGGCCCGCUCAUCCCGGGAUUUUCCCAGCCGGCGAGUGCGGGCAGAGAGACCACCGGGCGGCGGAACGCAGCGUGGACUUCCCGGUGUCUGUGGUUCUUCCUGCCGCCGGCACCGGAGAGAGAACCGGGCUACACACACCGAAACAGUUCUGCUCGUUUCUGGGUAGACCACUGAUAAGCUUCACUAUCCAGGCCUUCGAGAGGGUGUCAUGGAUCCAGAGCAUCGUGGUUGUUGUUGCCAAAGAAAAUAUGGACCUGAUGACGGACAUCAUCCAGCGCUUCCAGCACAGGAAGGUUCGAGUGGUACCAGGAGGGUCGACACGACACAGGUCGAUCUGCAACGGGGUCCUGGCUCUGGGUGAGCAGGAGGAGGAGAGGCUCCCAGCAGACAGGCCGAAGGUGGUCAUCAUCCAUGAUGCUGUGCGGCCUUUUGUGGAGGAGGACUUUCUGUACAAGAUCGCCAUGGCUGCUAAGGAACACGGGGCAGCGGGAGCUAUACGACCUCUUGUUUCAACAGUGAUAGCCACCACUUCAGAGGGCUACCUGGAUCAUUCUCUGGAGCGAGCCAAAUACAGAGCCAGCGAGAUGCCUCAGGGAUUCACGUACGAUGUCAUCCAUCAGGCCUAUCAGAGGUGCACUGAGACAGACUUUGAGUUUGGCACCGAGUGUCUCCAUCUGGCUCUGCAGUACUGUGGCACCAAUGCCAAGCUCAUCGAGGGUCCGCCAACGCUGUGGAAGGUAACCUACAAACGGGAUUUGGCUGCUGCAGAGUCGAUUAUCAAAGAGACUCUGUCUCGGUCGGCCUGUGUUGUCACAGGUGGAUCGGCACAAGCUGUGAAGUUGGCUGACGCCCUCCAGAAGGCUGCCGGAGCUCUGGACCUGGAGCUGGACGUCAUCCCAGAUCUGACGGGAGACAGCGGCAGGUAUCUGUUAGAGGAGUGGAACUUCAUCCAGGUUUCUGUCAGUCGUUCUUGCCUGUCCGACGUGGAGUCCAUACUCAUGGAUUUGGAGGCAGCGAAUCGAGCUCUUCUUCACCCGCUGGUCGUCAUCUGGGUGCAUUUGAGCGGUUCGGAUGAGCUGUCCAUCAGCGGGACGAUGCCAGAGCCAGCGGCAAUCAUGGAGAUGGCCUCAGCAGCCAAGCGCCGAAAUGUUCUCCUCUAUGGCAUCCAGCUCCAUCAGUCAAAGGACACAGAGCGCUGGGAGAGGUCAGUGCUGAGGGUCGCUGAGAUCACUUCGGCCCUGAUCCGGGAGAGGAGCCCCGCCCUGGUGGGACAGCUUCUACAGGCAUGAAGAGAAGCAGCGCCAACAGAAAAUCCUCCUCAGCAUGACUCAUGAAGGCUGCAGGGAUGAGAUGGUACGUUUUUCAGGUUAAAGGGAUGCAUGAUUAAACAUUGCACUUCCAUAAAGUUUAGGGACUUUUGAGAGACAAACUUAAAAACAGAAGGGUCAAAACUGAAGCAGCAGAUACCCAGAUAUCCCCACUUUUAUCCCCAGGUGUGUGUCAAGCUCCAGAAACCCUCUAAAUCCUGCUCUUCCCAUAAUGCAACUGAAGAGCUUCUUUUGUUUAACUCUCUCUCUCUCUGGUACACACUGUAUUUUUCAGAUAUUAAAGCCCCCAUGUGUCAGAUUUCAAACUUUCAUGCUUUGGAGACUCCUAGUGGUAGUAUCAACAGAAGUCAUGGAAAUAAUUCAGCACAUUCAGGCUUUAAAAUGGUUAUAAAAUAAUGAGACAACAGCCCAAGUUUUCAGUUUUCGAGUGUUUUGCAACUUAUGGUCAGAGAAAAAAAAUCACUUCUGGAUUUUUGUCCUCUUCAGUAAAGCACAAAGCAACAGGGAGGAUCAUAAUAUCUAUGGACUGUGUACUGACCACACAGUAAAUAUUCCCUGUAGUAAUAUUCUGAUAAAGGACACCUCUGUUUCAUUGCGGUUUAUCACUGAAGGGAGAUGUGACUAUACAUCAACAAGUCUUGACUGAUGGAGGAGAGUUUGCGGCGUUAAUGACAGUAAAAAGCUGCUGUAUUGUCUCAUCACCACUGCUUUUACCACUUGAAAAAACUGGUAAUGACUGAAAUGGCAAUAUUUAAUAAGAGAUGUAACAAGAGGGUGCUUAUAUUUUUUUGUACUCCAUUGAAACUGCUUAUUUAAAGCAAUAAAGAUGUGUUUUUCAUA